CCGGCCAUCAUAACAACACAUACCCAGACGCCUUCCUGUGUGUUGCCGGGUGUUGCAGUGACGGUCACCAUGACAACGGGCGGUGCGGGGUCCAGCGGCGCCGAGGCCUCCCCCAAGAAGAAGGGUUGGCCUAAGGGGAGGAAACGGAGACUGCUCCCCAAGGACUCCAACGCCCCCAAGGGUCCACUCUCAGGCUACAUGCUGUUCAUGGGCGACCAGAGGGAGGUGCUACGACAGACCCAGCCCGGCCUGGCCUUCCACGAGAUCACCAAGCUUGUGGCGCAGCGCUGGGCCGUCCUGGACCAGAUGACCAAGACCAAGUACCUGGAGGCUUCCGAGGCUGACAAGGAGAGGUACCAGAAGGAGAUGGAGGAAUACCAGAAGACAGAUGCCUACAAGAACUUCCUUCAAAAGCAGAGGAAGGCAGAGACUCCCUCACCGCCCAAGAAGACCAAGAAGGAGAAUGGGGACGAGAGGAAGGAGGAGGAAGAGGAGGAGGAGGAGGAGCCCCUCAACCCCCACUCCUCGCUUGAGAUCCCAAUAUUCACCGAGGAGUUCCUGAACCACAAUAAAGUGCGUGAAGGAGAGCUACGGCAGCUUCGGAAGUCCAACACCGACUAUGAGGAGCAGAACGCCAUUCUUCAGAAGCACAUCGAGAGCAUGAAGAGCACCGUGGAGCGCCUGGAGUCAGAGACGGGUCAGCAGCGCAGCAACAACGCAGCACUACAGCAGCACAUAGAGACACUUCGACGCACCCUGGCACGAGCCUUCACGCACCUCCCUCUGCCUGGCAGCGAGGUGGCCCCCACAGAGGAGACAAUCGACAGCUACAUGGUCCAGCUUCACUCCCUCAUCGUCAACAACCCCCAGCAUCACCAGGGCCUCAUCCAGACAGUACGGGGCAUUGUGAGUCAGCUGGCUCUCACUUAGGGUGCCCCAGGAACAGUGAGGGCUGGUCAUGUCUCUGUCUGGGUGGGAGGAGGAAGGAGUGGAGGGAGGGAGGAGUGGUGGAGUUGUCAGGCUAGCGAUGGGUGGAGGAUGGACUGGUCUGUGUGGGAGGAGGAAGGAGUGGAGUGGUUAGGGUUUUGGGUGGAGGGAGGAAGGAGUGGUGGAGUUGUCAGGCUAGCGAUGGGUGGAGGAAGGAGUGGUCUGUGUGGGAGGAGGAAGGAGUGGAGUGGUUAGGCUUAGGGGUGGAGGUAGGGAGGAGUAGUGGAGUGGUCAGGCUAGGGAUGGAUGGAGGAGGGAAUGGAAGAAAUGAAGGGAGUGGAGGAAGGAGUGGAGUGGUCAGGCUGGGGUGGAGGAAGGAAGGAAAGGUGGAAGGAUACCCCCAAAGGACAGUAAUGAUUCAAGCAAGUCUUGGAGGUGUCCCAAUGCUCCCUGCCUGAAAGAGUUUAAGUCACAGGAAGCAGGAAUUAUAGGAGACAAGUUGUUCCAAAGCAUACCAGUGAAAAUUCUGAAAGAUUAAAGAUACGUAUAAAGUUUUGCACUAGGAAGCUGGACUGCAUAAGGAUGAGCUCAACAUUCCUUGGAUAAUAGAUGAUUUUUUAACCCGGUAGCAGCGAUGGGCCAAAUUUGUGGCUUUACCGUGUAGCAGCGACGGGCCAAAUUUGUGGCUUUACCGUGUAGCAGCUACGGGCCAAAUUUGUGGCUUUACCGUGUAGCAGCGACGGGCCAAAUUUGUGGCUUUACCGUGUAGCAGCGAUGGGCCAAAUUUGUGGCUUUACCGUGUAGCAGCGACGGGCCAAAUUUGUGCCAUGAUAUAAACCCCCAAAAUAGAUGAUACAUAAUCUGAUUGCAAAUGCUUUGAUAUAUAUUAUGAAAUGGUUUGUGUGAGGGGUGAUUUUUUCUCAUUUUUCUCGCUUGGAGGGACCAUUAAGAAACAUGAUCCCCGCUGCUACUGGGUUAAUGGUCCCUCCAAGCA